AUGAAGUACUCCACUUUCGUCGUCGCCGCGGCAGCCGGUUCUGCCGCAGCUGCUUCUGCUCCUGCUUACGGCCAAUGUGGUGGUAACGGAUGGACUGGUGCCGUCGACUGUGUCGCUGGCUACCACUGUGCUGCUCAGAACGAUUGGUACUCCCAGUGCGUUCCUGGUGCCGGCUCUAGCUCCAGCGCUCCUGCAGCCACCAAAGUCGUGACUUCGUCCAAGUCCGCUGCCACCUCUCAGGCUGCUACCACCAAAGUCGUGACUUCGUCCAAGCCCGCUGCCACCACUAGCAAUGCUGCCGCUUCCACUGGCAAGGUCAAGUACGCUGGUGUCAACAUUGCUGGCUUCGACUUCGGUAUGGACACCAACGGUGAUUCCACUGGCUCUUACGUCGACCCCGGAACCACUGGCCAAAACCAGAUGAACCACUUCGUCAAGGACGACAAGCUUAACACUUUCCGUCUCCCCGUUGGCUGGCAAUACCUUGUCAACAACCAGCUCGGUGGCAACCUUGACAGCACCUUCUUCGCCAAGUACGACCAGCAGAUGACCUACUGCUUGAACUCUGGCGCUGCCCUCUGUAUUCUUGACCUCCACAACUACGCUCGCUGGAAUGGCCAGAUUGUUGGCAGCAGCGGCGGUCCUACCAACGCCCAGUUCGCUUCCAUCUGGAGCCAGUUGGCCACUAAGCCCAAGGUCGCUUUCGGCCUCAUGAACGAGCCCCACGACCUUCAGGACAUCAACGCCUGGGCCACCACCAUUCAGGCUGCCGUCACUGCCAUCCGCAAGGCCGGUGCCACCCAGAACAUGAUUCUGCUUCCCGGCAAUGACUGUGACAACUUUGUCGACAACGGCUCUGCUGCUGCCCUCAACAAGAUCACCAACCUCGACGGCAGCAAGAGCAACCUCGUCUUCGACGUCCACCAGUACUCCGACUCUGACAACAGCGGCACCCACAACACCUGUGUUUCUUCCAGCUCAAACAUUGCCGGUUUCAGCAAGCUUGCCUCGUGGCUCCGCACCAACAGCCGUCAAGCCAUCCUUACCGAGACCGGCGGCUCCAACGACCAGAGCUGUCUUACUGCCGUCUGCGAUAUUCUUAACUACCUCAUGACCAACUCUGACGUCUACCUUGGCUGGACUGGUUGGUCUGCUGGUAUGUUCGCUACCGACUACGUUCUCUCUGAGGUUCCUACUGGCAGUGCUGGAUCCUACACGGAUCAGGCUAUUGUUAGCAAGUGCAUUGCUGGUGUCUUCAACUCCAAAUAA